UGUGUGAUACUUACUAACUUCGGGCGCUGCAUCACAUAACAGAACAAUUUGUACACUGUAGCAGCGCAUUUUGAUGCUGCAUGAAUAUAAAUAUAAAACGUCGUAUGGUGCCACGCCACCGUUCAACUCCUCCGGUUUCGGAUGUCAAGUGAAGCACGCGAGCCCGUUUAGCCAAUUAGCGGCCGCUUUGCUAGGACGUCGGAUUUCAUGGCGAAAAUACUGAGGUGGGGUCUUCUCUCCUGACUUUGGAAAGAAACGUUUUAAUAUGUUUGACAUACCGAGUGCAUCGCGGAGAAUUAUGUGUCUUUUCGGGUAAACGGGGAAGGAAGCGUUUCGACAUUGAAAACUGAAAACAAACGGAAGGAUUUAUUUCCAGCAAUUUCCAGAUUUAUGCCCGUUGCUGUUGACUAUACAAUGAAAAAGAGGCGAAAUACCAAGCAGAAGGACAAAUUUUCCCCCAGUUCUGUAAAAAAUGUCUCAUCUGAUAUGUUGGCGGAUGAUUGCAGUAACUGUUGUUUGGGUAUUGAACGUCAUCCGAUAAAUCCGUACCCUCUUCUAGAAGGACAAAAAAAGCACUUAUGCUGCACACAGUACAACAGAAACUUUCUUCAGUUCCUAAAUGCUGACAGACUAAAGCCAUCUUCCUUCUGUGACCUAAUUAUAAUGGUUGAAGGAAAACAGUACACUGCACACAAGGUGGUUGUUUCUUUUGGUAGUAGUUAUUUCAAUGCUCGCUUGAGUAAAAAUCCUGAAAUGAAUCGUGUCAUGUUGGACCAUGUCACAGAUACAGCAUUCCAGCAUUUGCUGGAAUUUUUAUACACCUCUGAAUUUACAAUAUAUGAAAGUGAAAUCCCAUCACUUGUUGAGGCAGCCAAAUUCCUAGACAUAAUUGAUGCAGUAAAUCUGCUGACAAGUGAAGGAAUUGCAUUAUCUACACAAACGGGACAGGUUGUUGAAGAAACUUCAUACAGUGUGGAAAGUACAGCUAUAUCAGAGGACAGUGGUGCAGACCCCUCUAGCAAUCAAUGCACAAUAUGUAGUCGGCGCUUUUGUUAUAGAAAAUCUCUUGAAAAUCAUUUAGCAAAGUCUCACAGUGCUGUUUUGGAAGGAAAGUCUGAUGAAGGAUCUAAAACAUUUGAGGACACAGAACAUGUGACAAGGAGGUCUGUCCGUAUGCGCAAGUGCCCUAUAAAAUUUGGCAGUGAUGAAUGUUCAGAGACAUCAGAUGACAGUAGUUCAGAUAAAACUUGUAGUGAAGAGGACAAAUUCAGCUUCUCUGAAGAGGAAGACUCCGAGAGUGAAGAUGAGGAAAACCAGUCUGAAGGAGCAUCAAGUGAAUCAGAUGCACAGCAGCCUAGUGACAAUGAAAAUAUAGAUGCAGAAGUUCCUAGUCAGAGUUUCCCAGAAGGUCUUGCACCAGUCAUUGUUCAUAGUGCCAAUAAGAAAAUACUUAAAUGUCCAAAAUGUGAUAAAACCUUCGACAGAGCAGGGAAGUAUGAAAGUCAUACAUGGGUGCAUACAGGAGAGAAGCCCUUUAAGUGUGAAAUUUGUCAGCAGUGCUACUCAACAAAAUCAAAUCUCGCUGUUCACAAGAAAAAACACAUCAAUGAAACAGUGUUUCAAAAGAAAGAACAUAAAUGCCCAUACUGCAGUAAACUGCAUGCCAGCAAAAAAACCCUUGGAAAGCAUGUCAAGAGAUUUCAUCCUGACCAUAUUCAGGAAUUUAUGUCAGUCAAGAGGAAAAAAGCUGAAGGAUGGAAAUGUGAUAUAUGCAACAAAUCAUUUACACGCAGACCACACCUUGAAGAGCACAUGAUUCUUCAUACACAAGAUAGACCUUUUAAAUGUGCUUACUGUGAUGACCACUUCAAGUCGAGAUUUGCAAGACUAAAGCAUCAAGAGAAAUUUCACUUAGGUCCAUUUCCAUGUGACAUCUGUGGACGACAAUUUAAUGACACUGGAAAUCGGAAACGCCACAUUGAAUGCACUCAUGGAGGAAAGAGGAAGUGGACAUGUUUCAUCUGUGGAAAAUCUGUAAGGGAAAGGACAACACUGAAGGAACAUUUAAGAAUUCACAGUGGAGAAAAGCCUCAUCUUUGUAGCAUUUGUGGGCAAAGUUUUCGACAUGGAAGCUCAUACAGACUUCAUCUUCGUGUGCACCAUGAUGAUAAACGAUAUGAAUGUGAUGAGUGUGGAAAGACUUUCAUUCGUCAUGAUCACCUGACAAAACAUAAAAAAAUACACUCAGGAGAGAAAGCGCACCAGUGUGAAGAGUGUGGGAAGUGCUUUGGCCGCAGGGAUCAUUUGACAGUUCAUUACAGAAGUGUUCAUCUUGGAGAAAAGGUGUGGCAAAAGUAUAAAGCUGCAUUGCAUCAGUGUGAAGUUUGUAAAAAAGAAUUUAAAGGAAAAUCAAGUUUGGAAAUGCAUUUUAGGACACAUUCUGGGGAGAAACCUUACAAGUGCCAAGUCUGCAACCAGACUUUCAGAAUAAAGAAGACAUUAACAAAACACAUGGUGAUUCACUCCGAUGCCCGUCCAUUCAACUGUCCUCAUUGUAAUGCAACGUUUAAAAGGAAAGACAAAUUAAAAUAUCACAUUGAUCAUGUUCACAUUACGAAAUCUGCAGAACAGUGUUCCACAGACCCAUCAGAGGAGAAAAUAGUCUCCUUGAUAAUACCAUAUGAUGGUAAAAUGUAUCACAACGAAGCAAAGCAGUAUGGUGAACAGUCCAAAGCAUACCCGCCUGAAACAAAGUCCAUUCUACAAAAUGUCUCUUCAGAGGUCUGUGUACCAGUUGCCCUUGUGCCUGUGUCAAUGCCAGAAGUUUCAACCCAAGUGGAUCUUGUAAGGCACACCACUCCUCUCCCAUCUCAAUCUCAUGAUGUCCUUCCUGCACAACAGCCUCCACAACAAAAUGACUACCAGUCUGCCACAGACCUUGUUUUCUUAGAAAAAUAUACACUGACUCCACAACCUGCCAGCAUUGUUCAUCCAGUGCGACCUGAACAGAUUCUUGAUCCACGGGAACAGUCUAUUCUGGGCACGUUGCUAGGGCUUGAUACAACUUCAUCUGUACAAAAUCUUACCACCGCAGAACAUAAUCAGUAAUAUAUUUUAAUAGACCAUUUUACUCAUUGCAGUUUUCCUCCUUGAAAACUAAUUACCAGUUAUGGGGCAUGGACACAUAUUCAGCUAUGCUUUUGCCAGAACAUUAUAAGUCGAGUUACAAAUCAAGGAAAUUAUUAAUCAAAUAUGUGUAUCAUUUAUCAUAAUCAGUUCUUUUUUUUUAUCAUUUUGAAUGGAAUUAUUGUUAAUGUACAGCAUUAUCUGUAUCAAAUAUUAAUUGCAAAUUUGGAUUUUUAUGCAAUUAGAAUAUUGUUAAUCAGUGGUUUUGUUCUGUGCAUUUCAUGUUCACCAAAAACAUUAAUUCUAUAUAUUUUUUUUUUUUUUUGCUGCUUUAAUAAGAAUGAAAGCAAGUUUUAAUUAAUUGUGGAUGAAUUUACCAUUUUAUUUGGUAUCCCCAAACUGGAACUCUCAUGAGGGUUAAGUAUGGAUUGAUUUGGUUUGGCCCCUAACCUUAGAGUGACCUUUUGUGAGAAAGUGUAAUUCUUGGGUUGCCUGCAGGUGGCAUAGUCUUGAACUUGGGUCAUUGAUAAUCAGAAUGGAUUUGGAAAUGAUAACACAUAGCAACAAAAGGUUGGUUCAUCACAGUGCUCUGUGCUAUUUUCCACAACCAACAGUGUUUUAACAGUAAAUCAUGUGCAGUGUUUUCUUCAGUAAAUAUUAACCCAGCAUACAAACACAGUGAUUAUGUGGUGCUUAAAAUGCAAAUAAAUCAACAAUACAACAGACAGGUUAAAAGUCCAAAAUUAACAAUCCGGAGAUAUCCCUUUAAAACCACUAAUGAGCCUCUGUGCCGCCUUCUAAAACUGGUGUCUCUUUUGCUUCCCUAUUUCAGUCUCCUUAUUGUAAGGAGACAUCCUUUGAAGAGCACAGGCAGCUUACACCAAAAUUCGGGUUACAUCACUGUUGUAGGAACAGAACUGUGUCGUAAUCCGGGGACCCCCUGCACAUACUUUAUCCAGAAAAAUAAGCCCCACCACAUCAUGGUCACAUUUUAAAUUUGGCAUGGGCAGUAGUACAGAGACUGUGUCCAAUAGUUGAACCUCUGAUUCAGUGAGUGAAUGCGGACUCUGCCCUGGCUUUGCAACUGUGAAUUCCUUUGUUCUAUGGGGGUUCAUGGGAAUUUGCUUAUAUGUGCAUUGUGGACUUAGAAAAAACGUAUGACCUUGUACUCUGCUUUCUUGUCGAAAGUGCUACAGUACAAUGGGGAUUCUGGGUCCAUUGCUACAUGCCAUUUGUUAUCUAUAUUUGCAGAGCAAGAUGUGUGUUUCUAUACUUGCUUUUAGGGCAGGUCCAUUUAACCUCCUUAGUGUUACGUUUACCCCUGAAAAAAUGAGCCAAAAAUGUUGAAUUUUUUUCAGCAAGAAAAUAUUUUAUUAUGUGUAACAGAAUCAUGUAAAUACCAAAACCUCUGCGUAAAUGCAGCAGGAAACGUAUGUUGAGUGUCCACUGUUAGACUGAUGCAGAUUUAGUUCACAUCCUUUGUGUGUCAACAACGCAUAGCCCGACAUCGCAAUCAGAUCAAUAGAAGUGUGUUUCUUUACAUACCUUUCGUAUCAUAGUUUCUCUGUUGCUUGCACAUGAGAAGGAUGCCAGUGCCUUAUCUGCAUGAGUGACAUGUCCAUUGAGUUAUUGUAGGCUACCACACUACAAGGCUUUAUCCUGACACAAACAUUGUCAGUCACUGCAUUAUGGACAGGAGGCAAAAAUCUUUUUCUGUCCUCCCACUUGAUCGCAAUUAUUUUGCCCUUUUGACACAUAGAUGCUGCAGCGUUCCACUACUGAGGUCACCAGGAACAUCACAACAGUUCAGUUAUACAGUGAUAUUUACAUCAGUUUCAUGAACAGUGUAAAGACUGCUGACCAGUUUACAUUGUCAUCACUAUCGCUUUAUUCAACUAAUGGUUCAGUUUGAGUUUGUUCUAAAACUGCAGUUUGAUGUUAUUUUAUCCACUAGAUGGCAACAGAAUAAAGCCUCAAGUGUUAUUCAGCCUCAACACAUUAUGUCAAGUGAUAACAGCUUAACCUGAGAGUCACUCAGGCUUAACCUUCUUUACAUAGACUUUGGAAGCUGAGAGACAUUAGAGAUUAAUACUAAGGAGGUGAAUGUGGGCAUUGGAGUCCACCAAGGGUGCGUCUUCUCCCUUCUUGUCCUCAUGAGUUUCAUGUUCAGCAUGUCAAGAUGCCCUUUAGUGCUGGAAAUGACCUAUUUUGCCAUUUGCAGAUGAUGUCCUGUUCACCUCAUUCGACUGUUAUCUCAGGUGCACAGUGGAUCAGUUUGCAGCAUGUGUGUACUAUGCAGGGAAAUGUGAUGUGCAUAUGAUGAGAAUUAGUACCUCCAAAUCCGAGCUCAUGGCGAUUUCCCAGAAUAGAGUGACACUCCUACAGGUAAAGAGUGAGCAGCUGCCUGAAACGAAGACCUUGUGGACUAGUGAGGGUAGAUGUAAUUGUGACAUUCACCUAGGAAACUUUGCAUCAGUGGCGGUUUACAGAUGAUAUACUGGACCAGGUUUAUGAAGUGAGAGCUGAUUUCGCGUCCCAAUCCUCACUUGUAGAAACACACUCUAGAUAGUGCCUGAAAGACUGACAUUGUGAAUAAAGGCAGCCAAAAUGUGUUUUGCCCUGGAGAAAGUUAGUGGUGAUAGUACCAGUAUGUGUCAUUUGUAAAAUUCACAAAGAACACAAAACACUAUAAAGAAACAAGCCUAACUAUAGACACAAACUGCCGAUUUAACAUGCAGACCGAGGACAUCACUACUAACUAGCCCUGACUACGCUUGGCUGGGUGAGAGUACAACAUCUCAAGAGUGCACAACUUCAAGUGGGAAAUGUGGGGUGAGAAUGGGACUGCAUUCCAGUGUCUAAUGGAUGCAACAUCACUGGUUUGCUGUUAGGCGUUUAGCUUCAAGAGGACAUAAGAGAGAAGAGAUUCUGUCAAUAAGGAGAACUUCAUAGAAUUUAGGAAGUGCUUGCAGAGUACGAUUGUAACUUGGCAGCUCUCUGCAAAUUUGUCACAGCCCAGACGGUUUUAUUGUUGCUACUGGAGCAACAGGCCUGUAGCAAAUCAAGGGUGUGGUCAACGCAUCUUUUUUUGCAUAGCAAGUAAAUGAGACAACAGGCCUUCUCUAUUCGGCACAGCUGUCCAUAAUUAUGAGUUAUGUGGAUGUUGCUGACUUCAUUUAGGAGUGUUUUUCUUUGGUUUCUUUCAUGUCUCAAAAGAGUGAGCCCAAAGUUUGGAUUAAAACCUCUGGUGAGU